AUGCUUGAAGAUACGCCCCCCACCAAGAAGUCCAAAGUGAUCAAAGGAUUUUUGAUUGGCCAAAUUUUGAGUGUAAUCAACGCAACUACAUAUGCAAUGACAAAUUAUUUAGGUCAGACGACCAUGACGGGGAGUGCGAUCUUUCAAGCGAUAUCCGUGUAUUGGGCAUUACCUAUUCCUCUUUUUAUUUUAUCCUUAUUCUACAGUACUGAGGCUAUCGUUGACUUUUUGCGCUCUGUUAAAGUGAAAAUCGCGCUCUCGAUUACUCUCAUUGACAUAACUGCGACAGUAUGUAUGAUCAUAGGUAUUCAGAAGACAACAGUAGUGUCUUCUGAAUUGAUUAGUGUCUGUGGCAUUCCUUUUGUCAUCAUUUUGUCGUAUUUCAUCUUACACAAAACGUUCUCCAUUUCCCAACUCUUCUCCGCUGGCUUUGCCGUUCUUGGGUUCAUUUUAGUCUCCAUCGGCGAUGUUCAAAAGUCCUCAACGCAGUUAGUUGGCGAUGUUUUGUGUUUAGUCUCAACUAUUCUUUACUCGGUCUCUAACACUUUACAAGAGCUCACAAUUAACAUGGAGUCCCCUUUUAGUUGUAUGAACUAUAUUAUAUUACUUGGAAUGUAUGGUCCCUUCCUCUCACUUCCUUUCGCACUCUUAUUCUUCGUGUUCCCAAUCAACUUCAAUUUAUCCCCGACACAAAUCGCAGUCUUUGCUACCUACCCUUUCCUUCAAGUCGUUAUCUAUUCCUCAAUCGCUCUUGUUAUUAAAACAACAUCAGCGGCUUUUUUUAAUGUGUCGAAUCUGACUUCCUCAAUAUAUGGACUCUUCUACGACUUGUUCUUGUUUAAUGUCAAACCAAAUGCUCUGGCUAUCGUCGGCGCGGUAUUCAUAUUCAUCUCGGUCUUCUUGUUCUCUUUCUUUGAAUGUCGAUGA